AUGAGGAUUCACCCGCAACUUGGGCUCCAGCAUAAAGUCCAAUUGGAGGUGGAGAGCACCGAUAAAAACGGAAACUUUGUUGGUUACCUGUUUGUGUCUCCAGAUGGAAACAUCUCCAGAGCAAUCAACAUGAGGGAGGCUCUCGUUGAGGCUGAACUUGUUUCCCUUCACUUCACCGCUGAGCAUUCCGGACACUAUAAUGCUCUGUUGGCUGCUGGGAACAGAGCAAAGAAUGCGAAAAAGAACAUCUGGACGAACAACACCGAAGAGCAACAACAGGAGGAGACAUGUGAGGAUACGAUCCUCCAAACGCACUAUCCGUCAACCAUCGAUUUCGCGAUUCCUCGCUUCCUGGGACCAGAUAAGGAGAACGUCGACGCGGUGCUUGACGCUCCGAUGUUCUCUGCUUCCUGUGUCGAAAUCGAAACACUGAAUGAUACGAAAAAAAGCCGUCCAGGCACUUCAUUCGUAUACGCUCUGAAGAAUUUGAAGACCGCCGGCGUCGAUUCAGAAGGCUUUUGCAUUCUAAAAGCUCAAGGAUACUUCCGCGGACUCAUGUGGAGUGCCAAUAACCUCGUGCAUCUCCCAGGUUUCGGCGAUUUUCAGAUUUCACAUAUGGAAUUGGUGGUGGAUCCGCUGAAGGCGUCGAUGAAUGAUGCUGAAAAGGAGAUCAGACGAGUGCCGAACGGAACGUUUAGAUAUAAGUCAGCGUGGAUUUUGGAGGAUUCAGUAGCCAGAAAUACGACAGCGUCCCAGAUGAUAUUCGACGGUGGCUUGACGAUUUAUAAGUCAACAUGUCAAGAUCAAAAAGGAAGGAACAUGAGAAUUGAUGCUCAAUCCUAA